GCUGUGUGAUAACGGUUUUGAAUUUCGAACGCCGAACGGGUUUUUCGCGGUCUUGUUUCUGUUCCUGUCGCGUGCUCCGACCGUCCAGGAACAUCCGCCUGACGAACGGCGCACAGGUGCACGGCCGAACGCGAUGGCCGCCCGUGACGAGGUGGAAGACGACGACGACGAUUACAUGUCCGACGCUUUUCUCCGCACCGAGACCGUCGCGGAUGUCCGUCCGGGUCUGCUGAUGACGCACGAGCAGCAGCGCUUGCACGAUCAACUGAAAAAACGGAAGGAGUACGAACUGCUGAACCGAACGCCCGGCCUAAAAGUUCUGGAGGAGCAGGGACGUCAAGCGGGGCUGGAGACGGCCAUAGACAGUGGCAACAAGGGUUUCGCUUUGCUGCAGAAAAUGGGUUACAAGCCCGGAUCGGGUAUCGGCAAAAACAAUUCGGGCAGAGUGGAACCUAUUGGGAUUGUACUGAAAACCGACCGCAAGGGUCUGGGUCGUGAUGCCGCGCUCAAGGAGAUCAGAGAACGGAAAAAAUCUAUGAUACGCAGCCGAAAAUCGGCCGGGCCAAGCGUGUGCAAGUUCAGGGAGAGGCAAGCGCAAGAAGCUGCUGAAAAAUUGGAUAGGUCCGACUUGUUCAGAUGUCAACGAGUGUGCCGUCAAUUGGAUUUAGAACAGGAUAUACAAGAGCCAUCAGAAAAGUUCUUUUGGCCUGAAGUUCUUUUGGAAGAUGAUACCAAUGAAGAGAGUAUUGAAGAACAAGAACAAGAUAAUAUGUCGAUAUCUGAACAAUUAGAGCUUGUAAUUUUUUAUUUGAGGCAUACUUAUAAUUAUUGUGUUUAUUGUGGAACAGUAUACACUGACGAAGAAGAUUUAAAAGGAGAAUGUCCGGGACCCAAUCGACAAGAUCAUUAGAAAAUCAUUACUUCAAAUGAAUAAAAUAAUAUCUUAACUCAAUAUUUUUCUUUAAUAAAUAAAAUACAAAUUAACCUGAA